UAGAAAGUGCAAAGCUAAAAAUGCCAAAGCAAUCCAAAGAGCUUUUUCAUAAGUGUCCAAUAUGUGGACAAUCAUUAAAAAUGAAAUAUCAAGUGAAGGUUCAUAUAUUAAAACAUACGAACGAACACCCAUAUAAAUGCUUAACAUGCGGUAAAUCAUUUAAUAUGCUUAGUCACGUAAAAAGUCAUUUGUUGACACACUCUGGGAAGUCUCCUUAUAGGUGUGUUACAUGUGGGAAAUGCUUUGUAUCUAAAGGCAAAUUGAAAGUACAUACUAUGGUUCAUUCAGGAGAGCGACCUCAUAUAUGCAUUACUUGUGGAAAAUCGUUUGUAUAUAAAAGCAAUUUGAAAGAACAUAGAAUGGUUCAUACAGGAGAGCGACCUCAUAUUUGCAUUACUUGUGGAAAAUCCUUUGUAUCUAAAAGCAAAUUGAAAAAACAUACAAUGGUUCAUACAGGAGAGCGACCUCAUAAAUGCACUACAUGCGAAAAGUCCUUUGUAUCUACAAGCCAAUUGAAGCUACAUACAAUGGUUCAUACAGGAAAGCAACCUCAUAAAUGCAUUACAUGCGGAAAAUGCUUUGUAUCUACAAGCCAAUUGAAGCUACAUACAAUGGUUCAUACAGGAGAGCGACCUCAUAAGUGUAUUACAUGCGGAAAAUCCUUUGUAACUGAAAACAAAUUGAAAGUACAUAAAAUGGUUCAUUCAGGAGAGCGACCUCAUAUAUGCAUUACUUGUGGAAAAUCGUUUGUAUAUAAAAGCUAUUUUAAAAUACAUACAAUGGUUCAUACAGGAAAGGGACCUCAUAAAUGCAUUACAUGCGGAAAAUGCUUUGUAUCUAAAGGCAAAUUGAAAAUACAUACAAUGUUUCAUACAGGAGAGAGACCUCAUAUAUGCACUACUUGUGAAAAAUCCUUUGUAUCUAAAAGAAAAUUGAAAGUACAUACAAUGGAUCAUACAGGAGAGCGGCCUCAUAAAUGUAUUACAUGCGGAAAAUCCUUCGUAUAUGAAAGCAAUUUGAAAGAACAUAGAAUGCUUCAUACAGGAGAGCGACCUCAUAUUUGCAUUACUUGUGGAAAAUCCUUUGUAUCUAAAAGCAAUUUGAAAAAACAUACAAUGGUUCAUACAGGAGAGCGACCUCAUAAAUGCACUACAUGCGGAAAGUCCUUUGUAUCUACAAGCCAAUUGAAGCUACAUACAAUGGUUCAUACAGGAGAGCGACCUCAUAAGUGUAUUACAUGCGGAAAAUCCUUUGUAACUGAAAACAAAUUGAAAGUACAUACAAUGGUUCAUACAGAAGAGCGACCUCAUAAAUGUAUUACAUGCGGAAAAUCCUUUGUAUCUACAAGCCAAUUGAAGCUACAUACAAUGGUUCAUACAGGAGAGCGACCUCAUAAAUGCACUACAUGCGGAAAGUCCUUUGUAUCUACAAGCCAAUUGAAGCUACAUACAAUGGUUCAUACAGGAAAGCAACCUCAUAAAUGCACUACAUGCGGAAAGUCCUUUGUAUCUACAAGCCAAUUGAAGCUACAUACAAUGGUUCAUACAGGAAAGCAACCUCAUAAAUGCACUACAUGCGGAAAGUCCUUUGUAUCUACAAGCCAAUUGAAGCUACACACAAUGGUUCAUACAGGAGAGCGACCUCAUAAGUGUAUUACAUGCGGAAAAUCCUUUGUAACUGAAAACAAAUUGAAAGUACAUACAAUGGUUCAUACAGAAGAGCGACCUCAUAAAUGCACUACAUGUGGGAAAUCCUUUGUAUCUAAAAGCAAAUUGAAAGAACAUACAAUGGUUCAUACAGGAGAGAGACCUCAUAAGUGUAUUACAUGCGGAAAAUCCUUUGUAUUAAAAUAUAGUUAUGAAAGGCAUCUAUUAAUUCAUGGCAAUGGGCAUCCUUAUAAAUGAAAUACAUGUAAAAAAGCCUUCAAUUCAAAGGAUAAUUUGAAAAAGCAUAAAAUGUUUUUUAACUUUUUUCUGAUAAAGGGUGUGCCAAAAACUGUCAUUAGUUCCAAUCUUGGAAAAUUCAAAUGUAAACAUAUGUCAUGUCAUACAUCAUUUUAAAGUUAUUUAAUAGACAAACAUUUUACAGGAAGAAAAAUUAAUGAUCUGUUUCCGUUUCUAAAUAGUGGCAGUUUUUGGGAAUUUGAUUUUUGAAAAUUCGCAAAUGCUUAUUGUUUUCAAAUUGUACAAUAGUAAUAGGUAUUUAUGUAUGUUUGCACAAAGAUCUCAAAAUCGGCUUCGAAGAUUUUCUUUUCUUCAAAUGUUGUAAAUAUAUUACUUCUGGCCUAAAAACUAGUUUACUGCAGUUAGAAUUGCCAACGAAAAUCUAAUCAUGUAGAAAAAAGAAACGUACGGGAAUUCAGUAGUCAGAUAAAACCGUGUACAAUUCAGAUCGGCUAGUUUACACAUAAUAAAGACAAAGUUUCUUUCAGUUUUAAUGUGAAAAAUCAUCUUGUAAACAAAUGUUGUGUGACCAAAUGUGUUUUUAUUCCAUCAUAGACCUAUACGAUAUGCAUUUUAAAUCCGAUAGUUUUACAAUAAAACAGCAAUUCUGCAAUUUUUACGAUGUGAAAAGCGUUGAAGUGAGAUUUGCAGCCGAUUCACACAGACGCACACUGAUUAUAAGUAGCCUACAGUAGAGAGAGUAAUAGUCAAUUGAGAAGUGUAUAAAUAGACCUAGUCAACGAUACCACCUUCCAUAGCAUACCUGCCUCUUCCAUAAAUAUUAUCACCACAAUACAACUACUAUACACAAUUUCCAGUAGGUCUGGAUAGAAACAACCUAAAAUAAAACGAUAAUAUCCAAUA